AUGGCUGGACGUCCAACGGGAGGAUCUCCAGGAGGUCCUUCCAAUAAUGACCUACUGCUGGAUCUGGAAAACGACCACCCCGUCUACAAUGGAGGGCAGCGAUCUGCCGUAACCGACGACGACCUAUUGCGCUACGACCAAAACCAGCCCCAAGGCCGUCCUUCUGUCUCCUAUGAUGACUUCGUUGGCGGCGGAGGAGGAGGCAACCAAUCCCAACAGCCUUCGGCGUUGAGGCCGUUACCCGGGGGUCCUACGUCGCCUGGCACCGGCGGCGGCGCAUCCUCUGGCCCAUACAUGCAGAGGCACUACAGCCAAACGUCGGAACUGAACAACUACCAACGAUACGCCGACGAUUUCGACGACUACUCGGCCGAAGGCGAAUCAUAUUACCAGCAGGGAGGUGCCGCGGCGAGUACGAACAAUGUGGGAGACCCGUCUGCCAGGGCCAACGCCCGAAACCGUAAUAGCGUUCUCAGCUUGGGCGGAGGCUUGUUUGGCCGCAUGAAGAACAAGUUGGGUAUGGGCCAAGGGUACUCGGAGAUGGACUUGCCCUUGACCGAGGCAGGAGGCAACGGACGGGCAGACUCUGGCACCAACGCGCACGCAAGACAGGGCAAGAAGAUGGAUAUGGGCAACUUCAAGUUUGGUUUUGGUCGAAGCAAGCCGGACCCCUCGACUCUGGGCCCGAGAAUGAUCCAUCUUAACAACCCACCUGCGAACGCUGCGAACAAGUACGUCGACAACCAUAUCUCGACGGCCAAGUACAACGUUGCGACCUUCCUCCCGAAAUUCCUCUUCGAACAGUUUUCAAAGUUCGCCAACAUCUUCUUCUUAUUCACGGCGGCGCUCCAACAAAUCCCCAAUCUUUCGCCUACCAACAGAUAUACCACAAUUAUUCCGCUCUUCAUUGUGAUGAUGGUCUCCGCAGGAAAGGAGCUGGUGGAGGAUUACCGCAGAAAGCAGGCCGACCACCAGCUGAACACAUCCAAGGCCCGCGUCUUGCGCGGCACCGCGUUCCAGGAGACGAAAUGGAUCAACGUCUCGGUCGGAGACAUCAUCCGUGUCGAAUCGGAGGAGCCUUUCCCUGCUGAUCUGGUCCUGCUCGCGAGUUCCGAGCCCGAAGGCCUAUGUUAUAUCGAAACAGCUAACCUCGACGGAGAGACCAACUUGAAGAUCAAGCAGGCUUUGCCCGAGACUUGCACAAUGGUCAGCUCCAGCGACCUCAGCAGGCUUGGCGGCAGAAUCAAGUCAGAACAGCCCAACAGCAGUCUGUACACGUACGAGGCCACCUUGACGAUGCAGGCAGGUGGAGGCGAGAAGGAAUUGGCCCUGAACCCCGAGCAGCUCCUGCUCCGUGGUGCUACUCUGCGCAAUACUCCCUGGAUCCACGGUGCGGUCGUCUUCACUGGACAUGAGACAAAGCUUAUGCGAAACGCCACCGCUGCGCCAAUCAAGCGCACAAAAGUCGAAAAGAAGCUGAACAUCCUGGUUCUGGUUCUCGUCGGCAUCCUCCUUGUCCUGAGCGUCAUCUGUACGGUGGGUGAUCUUGUUCAGCGCAAGGUUGAGGGUGACGCCAUUUCGUACCUGAUGCUCGACGCAACCGGUUCUGCCAACGACAUCAUCCGGACGUUCUUCAAGGAUAUGGUCACGUACUGGGUUCUCUUCUCGUCCCUUGUGCCCAUCUCGCUCUUUGUCACCCUGGAAAUGGUGAAGUACUGGCACGGCAUUCUCAUCAACGACGACCUCGACAUCUACUACGACCGGACGGAUACCCCCGCCAACUGCAGAACGUCUAGUUUGGUGGAGGAGCUCGGUAUGGUUGAAUAUGUCUUUUCCGAUAAGACUGGUACUUUGACCUGCAAUAUGAUGGAGUUUAAGCAGGCCUCGAUUGGCGGAAUUCAGUAUGCCGAAGACGUGCCCGAAGACCUCAGAGCGACCAUCCAGGACGGCGUUGAAGUUGGAAUCCACGAUUACAAGCGACUGGCGGAGAACCUCAAGAGCCAUGAGACGGCCCCUGUGAUCGACCACUUUCUGGCUCUGUUGGCUACCUGCCACACUGUCAUUCCCGAGAGAAGUGAUGAAAAGGGCGGCAAGAUCAAAUACCAAGCUGCCUCGCCCGACGAGGGUGCUCUUGUUGAGGGUGCCGCUCAACUCGGAUACGUCUUUACCGAUCGCAAGCCAAGGUCUGUAUUCAUCGAGGCAGGAGGACGCGAGCUCGAGUAUGAGCUCCUAGCCGUUUGCGAAUUCAACUCCACCAGGAAGCGUAUGUCGACCAUCUACCGGUGCCCUGAUGGAAAGGUCCGCGUCUACUGUAAGGGUGCCGAUACCGUCAUUCUCGAGCGCCUGAACGACCAGAACCCGCACGUCGAAGCCACUCUGCGCCAUCUAGAAGAAUAUGCCUCUGAGGGUCUCCGAACGCUCUGCCUCGCGAUGCGCGAAGUCCCCGAGCAAGAGUUCCAGGAAUGGUUCCAGAUAUUCGAAAAGGCCGGCACCACCGUUGGCGGCGACGGCACGAUUGAAACGGAAACCCUGGCUCUCAUCAUCGAUGGCAAGUCUCUAACCUACGCCUUGGAGAAGGACCUCGAAAAGCAGUUCCUCGACCUGGCCAUCAUGUGUAAGGCCGUCAUCUGCUGCCGUGUUUCUCCCCUGCAGAAGGCUCUUGUUGUCAAGCUGGUCAAGAAGUAUCAGAAGGAAUCCAUCCUGCUCGCUAUUGGCGACGGCGCGAACGAUGUCUCCAUGAUCCAGGCCGCCCACAUUGGUGUGGGUAUCAGCGGUAUGGAAGGCCUCCAGGCCGCCCGAAGUGCCGAUGUAUCCAUUGGCCAGUUCCGGUACCUGAGGAAGCUGUUGUUGGUGCACGGCGCCUGGAGCUACCAACGCGUCGCCAAGACCAUCCUCUUCUCCUUUUACAAGAACAUUACCUUGUACAUGACGCAGUUUUGGUACACCUUCCAAAACGUCUUCUCUGGUGCGGUCAUUUACGAGUCCUGGACGCUCUCCUUCUACAACGUCUUCUACACCGUCUUGCCUCCGCUCGCCCUGGGUAUCCUAGACCAGUUCAUCUCGGCAAGACUCCUCGACCGCUACCCGCAGUUGUACACCAUGGGCCAGCAGAAUCAGUUCUUCAAGAUCAAGAUCUUCGCCGAAUGGGUCGCCAACGCUGUCUACCAUUCCAUCAUCCUCUACGUCUUUGGCGAGCUCAUUUGGUACGGCGACCUGAUCCAGGGCGACGGACAAAUCGCUGGCCACUGGGUUUGGGGCACAGCGCUUUACGCUGCUGUUCUCCUUACUGUCCUUGGCAAGGCGGCCCUGAUAACGAAUAACUGGACCAAGUACCAUGUCAUCGCCAUCCCCGGCAGUAUGAUCGUCUGGUGGGGCUUCAUCGCUCUUUAUGGCACCGUCGCGCCCAUGAUUCCCUUCUCGGCCGAGUACCACGGCGUCAUUCCCAAGCUGUACAGCAGCCCCGUCUUCUGGUUGCAGACCUUCUCGCUAGCGAUUAUGUGUCUCCUGCGAGACUUUGCAUGGAAGUUCGCCAAGCGCAUGUACAUGCCGCAGACGUACCACCACAUCCAGGAGAUCCAGAAGUACAACAUUCAAGAUUACAGACCAAGAAUGGAGCAAUUCCAAAAGGCGAUUCGCAAGGUGCGCCAAGUCCAGCGCAUGCGCAAGCAGCGCGGCUACGCAUUCUCCCAGGCAGACGAGAGUCAGACGAGGGUGCUUCAGGCAUACGACACUACCCAACACCGCGGACGGUAUGGCGAAAUGGCCAGCUCGAGACCUAACGGAAGGUAG